AUAGCUGAACCCAAUAUGGAAAUCAAAGGUUAUGAUAUUUUUAAGAUGUUAUGGAAGCAGGUUCACAAUUACCCAAUGUUUAACCUCCUUAUGGAAAUUGACUCCUAUAUGUUUGCAUGUGUGAAUCAAACUGCUGUAUAUGAGGAGCUCGAAGAUGAAACAAGAAGACUCUGUGAUGUCAGACCCUUUCUUCCAGUUCUCAAGUUAGUGACAAGAAGUUGUGACCCAGGGGAAAAAUUAGACUCAAAAAUUGGAGUCCUUAUAGGAAAAGGUCUACAUGAAUUUGAUGCCUUGAAGGACCCUGAAGUGAAUGAAUUCCGAAUAAAAAUGCGCAAAUUCAGCGAGGAAAAGAUUCAGUCGCUUGUGGGAUUAUCUUGGAUGGACUGGCUAAAGCAGACAUAUCCACCAGAGCAUGAACCAUCCAUCCUUGAAAACUUAGAAGAUAAGCUUUAUGGAGGAAAGCUCAUCGUGGCUGUUCAUUUUGAAAGUUGUCAGGAUGUGUUUAGCUUUCAAGUAUCUCCUAAUAUGAAUCCUAUCAAAGUAAAUGAAUUGGCAAUCCAAAAACGUUUGACUAUUCAUGGGAAAGAAGAUGAAGUUAGCCCCUGUGACUAUGUGUUGCAAAUCAGUGGGAGAGUAGAAUAUGUGUUUGGUGAUCACCCACUAAUCCAGUUUCAGUAUAUCCGGAACUGUGUAAUGAACAGGACUUUGCCCCAUUUUAUUCUUGUGGAAUGUUACAAGAUCAAAAAGAUGUAUGAACAGGAAAUGAUUGCUAUAGAAGCUGCCAUAAAUCGAAAUUCAUCUAACCUUCCUCUUCCUUUACCACCAAAGAAAACGCGAACUAUUUCUCAUGUGUGGGAAAAUAACAACCCUUUCCAAAUUGUCUUGGUUAAGGGAAAUAAACUUAACACAGAAGAAACUGUAAAAGUUCAUGUCAGGGCUGGCCUUUUUCAUGGUACUGAACUCCUGUGUAAAACCAUCGUAAGCUCAGAGAUAUCAGGGAAAAAUGAUCAUAUUUGGAAUGAACCACUGGAAUUUGAUAUUAAUACUUGUGACCUGCCACGAAUGGCUAGAUUAUGUUUUGCCGUUUACACAGUUUUGGAUAAAGUGAAAACGAAGAAAUCAACUAAAACAAUUAAUUCCUCUAAAUAUCAGACCAUCAGGAAAUCUGGGAAAGUGCAUUACCCUGUAGCGUGGGUAAAUACGAUGGUUUUUGACUUUAAAGGACAGUUGAGAUCUGGAGAUAUAAUAUUGCACAGCUGGUCUUCAUUUCCUGAUGAACUUGAAGAAAUGUUGAAUCCAAUGGGAACUGUUCAAACAAAUCCAUAUACUGAAAAUGCAACAGCUUUGCAUAUCAAAUUCCCAGAGAAUAAAAAACAACCUUAUUAUUACCCUCCCUUUGAUAAGAUUAUCGAAAAGGCAGCUGAGAUUGCAAGCAGUGAUAGUGCUAAUGUAUCAAGUCGGGGUGGAAAAAAAUUUCUUGCUGUACUGAAGGAAAUCUUGGACAGGGAUCCCUUGUCUCAACUAUGUGAGAAUGAAAUGGAUCUUAUUUGGACUUUGCGACAAGACUGCAGAGAGAAUUUCCCACAGUCACUGCCAAAAUUAUUACUGUCGAUUAAGUGGAAUAAACUUGAGGAUGUUGCUCAGCUUCAGGCACUACUUCAGAUUUGGCCUAAACUGCCUCCCCGGGAGGCCCUGGAGCUUCUAGAUUUCAACUAUCCAGAUCAGUAUGUGCGGGAAUAUGCUGUGGGCUGCCUGCGACAGAUGAGUGAUGAAGAACUCUCUCAAUAUCUUUUACAACUGGUGCAAGUUUUAAAAUAUGAGCCUUUUCUUGAUUGUGCCCUCUCUAGAUUCCUAUUAGAAAGAGCACUUGCUAAUCGGAGGAUAGGGCAAUUUCUAUUUUGGCACCUUAGGUCAGAAGUGCACAUUCCCGCUGUUUCCAUACAAUUUGGUGUCAUCCUUGAAGCGUAUUGCCGGGGAAGCGUAGGGCAUAUGAAAGUGCUUUCUAAGCAGGUAUCAACUUGUUUUAAUAUUCAUGUUCAAUUUGUCACAUGGUAUUUGAUGAGCUGUAUCAUAUGCUUUUACUGUCAUUUCAUUAUUUCAUAUAGGUUUAAUCGGCUAAUUUUCCCCUUGUUUGAUUUCAGUGUUGAAAAGUGUAAGUACAUGGAUUCUAAAAUGAAGCCUUUGUGGCUGGUGUACAACAACAAGGUGUUCGGUGAGGAUUCAGUUGGAGUGAUUUUUAAAAAUGGUGACGAUUUACGGCAGGAUAUGUUGACACUCCAAAUGCUGCGCUUGAUGGAUUUACUGUGGAAAGAAGCUGGUCUGGAUCUUCGGAUGUUGCCUUAUGGCUGCUUAGCAACAGGAGAUCGCUCUGGCCUCAUUGAAGUUGUGAGCACCUCUGAAACAAUUGCUGACAUUCAGCUGAACAGUAGCAAUGUGGCUGCUGCAGCAGCCUUCAAUAAAGAUGCCCUUCUGAACUGGCUUAAAGAAUACAAUUCUGGGGAUGACCUGGACCGAGCCAUUGAGGAGUUUACCCUGUCCUGUGCUGGCUACUGUGUAGCUUCUUAUGUCCUUGGGAUUGGUGACAGACAUAGUGACAACAUCAUGGUAAAGAAAAACGGCCAGCUCUUCCACAUUGAUUUUGGACACAUUCUUGGAAAUUUCAAGUCUAAAUUUGGCAUUAAAAGGGAGCGAGUGCCUUUCAUUCUUACCUAUGAUUUCAUUCAUGUGAUUCAACAAGGAAAAACAGGAAACACAGAAAAGUUUGGCCGGUUCCGGCAGUGUUGUGAGGACGCGUAUCUGAUUUUACGACGGCAUGGGAAUCUCUUCAUCACUCUCUUUGCACUGAUGUUGACCGCAGGGCUUCCUGAGCUUACAUCAGUCAAAGAUAUACAGUAUCUUAAGGACUCUCUUGCCUUAGGGAAGAGUGAAGAAGAAGCACUCAAGCAAUUUAAGCAAAAAUUUGAUGAGGCACUCAGGGAAAGCUGGACUACUAAAGUGAACUGGAUGGCCCACACAGUUCGGAAAGACUACAGAUCUUAAUGAUCAGCCUUUGCUCCUAACGUAUUUGUUGGUUUCGUUUAGUUUUCAUUUUGCACUUGCACUAAAUUGAAUGUGACCCUGCCAGAGAUGUUAUAAAGGGAAUGAAAUUCUGAAUCUCAGUUAAAUUAAGAACAAGGCAUCCCACAGAACCUAAUCUGAACAAUCCCUAAUGUCCACCCUCUUGCUUUUUGAAUGCUUCCAAGAUUCAUCAUGAAAACUGUCAACAUUAUGGAUAAUCAUUUCCUGCUGACUUUGCACGCCAAGGAAUACUACUAGAGAUUGUUUUUUGUCUGUCUGCUUUUUUUAAUUUUAAGUAUUUGGUACUUUUCUGGAAAGGUGUAAAUACUUCUUUUUUGAAUUGUGACCAAGUGUUAUCAAUCAGCCAUCUUAUCCACACCUGGGGACUGGUGGCUGUUCUUAAUUUCCAAAUGAGGCUUAAAAGAAAGGUAUCUUUCUUCCUUUUUUAAAUUGUAUAAACUACAAAUUAUAAUAUAAUUUGAAAUUAUGAUUAUUUUUCAAAAGAAAUCUUUUAAACCUGUGGAACCAUUAAUUCUUUUGUUAUAUUUAUCUUUCAUGAUAGCAUCAUCCCAGCCAGACUUGCUAAAAAUCUACUGGUGAGGCAAAUAUAACAUAUAUGCUGCAUAUAUAUUUAUAAAAUUUCUAGUGGGAGUUCUGUAUAAAACGAUGUUUGUUUGGUUUUCUUCAGCCUGUGUUUUACAAAAAGCAGAGCAUUUUCCUAAGUUUUUAGUUAACUGUAUGUGAUCCAGUUCUUCCAGCUGCUUCUGUAAUGAAGCACAUAUUAAUACAGUUUUUACAUGGUAUCUAUGAAAGAGUUCACUUCAUAGAGCAUAAUACUUGAGCAAAUGUACCCAAGACAGAAAGCAAGAGAAAAGGAAACUAUUUAUGGAAUAAACUCAAGACCUAAAAUUCAGUAUUUUAGUAAAAUGCCAGCUGUCCUUACUGUAUUUAUUAAAACUUGUAUAAUGUGAUUUUUCAAGGAUAUUAGUUCAAGUGGAAAUGAUUUCAUGCCUCAUGGAACUUUUUAAUUUAUUUGUUGAGGUACCAUAUAUUUAGGGUGCUAGAUGGCAAAUGAUGUUAAUAUGUGCAAUAGGAGCUACUGGUUUGAAUGUGUAAAUGGAUGCUCUUUCUGAGUACUGGCAACAUCCAGCAAAACUACUGCUUAUUCUCCAAAGACUAUUGGGAGCUCUCAAUCCUCAAUGACGUGGGAAAGAGAACUGAGUAUUUGCCCGGUGACUGAGUUUUCUAUAGGAAUUUUAUUAAAAAUUGUUUAAUUUUGUUGUUCUCCUUCAUGUUCUCAGUCAAAUAAAUGGGUGAGCUGGUUUUGGCUGCUUUUGGGA